AUGGUAUUGAUUACCUCCGAACAAAUCAAGGCUCAGCAGCUGUUGCGUCACAAGCAAGUCCCGAAGAACGCCGUCACUGAUCUCGCUGAAUGGGCCUCGAAGCGGUCGGUAGCAGCAGCGGCGACAAUGCAGCGACACAGGGUUUCAUUCUUCCAAUUGGGUAAGUCCCUGAAAUUUGGGCUCCAUGGUAUCUUUGGUACAUUGGCCACCAUUGCUACCGCGUGGGCGUUGAUCGAUGAAACCGAAACAUCAGUGCUUGUGGCCGUCUACCUGGGAUCCUUGACAGCGGUAUAUGCUUCCUUUCUGCUUGGUCAGGUCCCUCCCGCAUCGCAUGUGGCCCCUGGGAUUGUGGCACCGCACAUUGACGCCUUCAAGGCGGCCAUUGCCUUGAUCUUUUACGUGGGUAUUCGCUGCAUGGAGCCCUACUUCCCAUCGGAACUCCUCUACUUGAGUGCAGUUGUGGCCGCCUGGUGGCCCUUUGUUCCCAAAGCGAUUGAUUGGGCCAAUGGCAACACGUAUUUGCUUGUCUUACCACGGUUUUUUGCCGUGACGUUUGACAUGAUCAAUGUAUCCGUCACAGGCAGUUCCAUCCAAAGGCAUGAUCUACUCGCGGUUCAAAUGUUCCUAUUGGUCUUUAGCUUCCUGUACUCGCUGUCAUUUCGCGUUCAGCACAAGGCCAUGCCACUGAUUAUCUAUGUCGUUACCACAUUGGGAGGGGCUUGUCUCGGCGUGUUCAUCGUCAUGCCCGAAGUCUUUCGUGUCUUGGGAUAA